CAUCUUCCCGGCGAUAUCGUGGAAGAAAUUCUGUCGAGACUUCCGGUGAAAUCGCUUCUGAGAUUCAAGUGCGUUUCGAAAUCGUGUCGCUCUUUAAUUCGUAGCGACAGAUUCAUCAAAAGGCAUCUCGAAAAAUCAAAAAGCGGGCGAAGAUUAGAGUGUUGGGAAGUCAUCUUCGGCAAUUUCAAAAGCCCUAAUUUGAAGCGAUGCUCUCUGCUCUCCUACUUGGAUGAUCCGUCUGUGACUCCUCUUCUCAUCGACGAUCCGAUCACCAAUCAUCUCACCGUAGAUAGUCAGAUCAUAGGUCAUUCCAAUGGCCUGCUUUGUAUUUUCAACAAACCAAACUCAUUCUUCUUGUGGAACCCAGCCACUAGAUUCUCACUCCAAUUACCCAAACCAGACGCUGAUUAUGUCAUAAAAUGCGGAUUCGGUUGGGAUGGGGAUCGUGAUGCGUACAAGGUGUUUGCUGUUUUCUCUAAAAUGAAUGGGAAUGGGAUCAAAAGAAUAGGUAGCAUUUACAAUAGCAAGACGAAUUCAUGGAAAGCGCUAGAGCGCGCGAGCACGGGAGCCUUGAUUUGCGCUAUUGGAUUGGGGAGUCUGCGAGUGGGAAAAUACACUGGCCUGUGA